AAUGCACUAGCUGAAACUUGUUUGGUCGUGGCAGGCUCACUGAACGGACUGGCGUCGGGUGAUUCAUAUCAGCCGCAAUAUAUUGGACAUUUUCCUUGAUCUGCCAUCACAGUUGAUACUUGAACAUUCUACAAUCAUGCCAAUUACAUACGUGUCUCCUGAGAAUGACCCGCAAACGAAAUACCCAAUACUGGAAGUAAACGGCGUUCGCUACCCAUCCGUCUUUGAUGAAGAGGUCAUCCGGAACAUGAUGGAUGUGGACAUGAACGAUGAUGACGUAAUGUUGUGUGGAUAUAUGCGAUCUGGGACUCACUGGUGUUUUGAAGUAAUCAACAUGCUGUUGAGGAAGUGUGACGACACGAUACCUUACAGGAAGGAAGACUUUCACAUCGAGCAAACAUCCAAUGAGAAGCUUGCGCAUCUUCCUUUACACCGAGUUCUCAAUGGACACAUGCAUUUUGAACUUCUCCCCAAAGCGGCACUGGAAAAAAAGUUGAAAAUUGUUUAUGUUUUGAGGGACCCACGAGAUGUCGCCUGUUCUUGGUAUCAGCUGAUGAAAAAGUAUUUUCGGGACAGAGAGGUUGAGAUAUGUCCUUUUACAGAUUGGAUGAAGUUAUUUCUAAAUGGCGAAUUUGAAUGGGGCACCUGGUUCGAUCACGUGACAAACUGGGAGAAGGCUAUGGCCAAUCCUCAGCACUCCUCAUCGAUUUUAGUGGUCCGCUUUGAGGAUCUUGUGACACAACCAAUGCGAGAAAUUGAACGAAUCGACGAAUUCCUCAACACGAAAACUGACGACAAGCUUCGGAGACGAGUUGUGGAGAAGUGUAGCCUUGAAAACAUCAAGCGAGACAAGCACUCCAUUACAGAUAAGCUAGAGGGGAAGAGCGUACAUUUUGUUCAAGGAAAAAUCGGAUCAUGGAAGGACAACUUUUCUGAAGAGUUGAGUGAAUAUUUCAACCGUGUCUACGAUGAAAAGAUGAAAGAUUCCAAGUUCGACAAUAUGUACAGACAGCAAGUCUGACAACAUGUCGCAGUUCGUUGUCUGAGGAAUCGUGACACCGUCACUGACUAAUCCAUCAUAAUUAUAUGAUUUUCAGAAAAAUGAUUCACCCAUGAUAUAAGAAAAGGUUACAUUGUGGGAAUGGUAAAAGAAACUUUGCAUUUAGUAGGCAUUUCACUAAUAUAUUUUGUUAAUCCAUCAUAAUUAUAUGAUUUUCAGAAAAUUGAUUAACCCAAGUGAAGUUAAGAAAGAUUGUGAGAGGCAUUUAGAAGCUGGAGUAGUAAGGAAUGAUAAUAUAUAGAUGAACAACUUAAUUAUCACAGUGAGAGCGAAGUUUCGGUGGAUACUGUAACGACGUCAGAACCUACACUGAAACGUCGCUCUCACUGUAAUAAAGAAGUUGUUCAUCCAUAUAUUGUAAUCCUUCAAGAAGUCAAAGUUUGACGACAUUUGACGCUUAAUGAUUAUAAUUUAAUGCAUUAAGACAAUAUCUCUUUGCCAAGAACAAGAAAAAACAUUUCUCACGAAUUGUUUUCCCCAUCGACGAUUCGAUUGUGGAUUAAGAAAUUCUACUUAACUAUCAAAAUUCAAAUCGAAUCAUCCUAUAACUCAGCUGUACUUUUCUUACGGUAUUAGACAAAUGAACAUAUUACAUACGCAAAUACGUCAUAGAGCUAACAGAUUAAGUUACGGUCUGUAAAGAGUACGGUUAAUCACAAAUCGACCCUGCGCAUGUGGUAGCCCAUGCGAAAAUGCUCACCAUUAUAUCUUAGAGUGUUCAUUAUACAAUCAACAUAGACAGAUCAUGCUCAAAGCUGUGGAAGAUGUCUGUGAUUGUAAUUCUGUGAUUACAUUAUCUGGGGCGCGAUGGGCGAGCAGGCUAAAUCGCCAGGCUAGUGAUCCAGCGAGGUUGAGGUGUCGGGAUCGAGCCGACCUGUGACCGGAAGUAAAAACC